AUGCCUCCAGUUAAAGACGUCUACAUCGCGGUCAUUGGUGCUGGAGGAGUAGGAAAAUGCUUCCUCUCGCAACUCGAAACCCUCUCCAAUCGCCUUACCAAGAACACAUCCUCCCUAAAACUCUCCCUCGUCCUCGUCUCCCGAAGCAAAAAGACGCUCUACAGCCCUCAAUACACCGCCCUCCCCUACUCGAACCUCGCAAGCAGCCUCGACUCAUCCACACAAGAACCACUCUCCUUGCCAAAGAUCAUCGAAUAUCUGGCCGCCGCUCCAGCUAAGGUUGUGCUUGUUGAUAACACCAGCUCGCAAGAUGUCGCGGAUGCAUAUCCGCAGGUUCUUGAGAAAGGGAUUAGCAUUGUAACACCGAAUAAGAAAGCUUUCUCUGGGUCAUAUAAGCUAUGGCAAGAUAUUUUCAGUGCUGCUUCUACUUCGGGGGCGAAGGUCUACCAUGAGAGUUCUGUUGGUGCUGGGUUGCCUGUUAUUUCUACACUUAAGGAACUAGUGGAUACUGGAGAUGAAGUGACGAGAAUUGAGGGUGUGUUCAGUGGUACAAUGAGCUUCUUGUUUAAUAGCUUUGCACCAACAGAGGGUAAGGGAGGCAAGUGGUCCGAAGAGGUUAAGAAGGCUAAGGACUUGGGGUAUACGGAGCCAGAUCCAAGGGAUGACUUGAAUGGGUUGGAUGUUGCGAGGAAGUUGACGAUUCUGGCAAGACUAGCUGGACUGCAAGUUGAAUCCCCGACUUCCUUCCCGGUUCAGAGCUUGAUCCCAAAGGAGUUAGAGAGUGUUGGGAGUGGUGAAGAGUUUAUGCAGAGGCUGCAUGAGUUUGAUGGCCAGAUGGAGGACGUGAAGGUGCAAGCUGAGAAAGAGGGAAAGGUUGUGAGGUUUGUGGGGAGUAUUGAUGUGGGGAAAAAGGAGGUGAAGGUUGGGUUGGAGAAGUUUGAUCGUUCUCAUCCAAUUGCUGCGUUGAAGGGAAGUGACAACAUCAUUAGCUUCUACACAAAGCGGUACGGAGCCAAUCCCCUUAUCAUCCAAGGCGCUGGAGCUGGAGGAGAAGUCACCGCUAUGGGCGUCACUGGCGAUCUGAUCAAAGUCCUUGAACGACUCUCCUAA